AUGUACGCUGAUGAUAUCACACUGGUAGAUGGGGCAAAGGACGGCUCACACGCAUGGCAUGGCGUGCACGCAUGGAGGGAGGCGCUUGAGAACGGCGGGCUGAAGCUAAAUGUGGCGAAGGCGGAGUAUAUGGCCUGCAACACCACAGAUCUGACGUCUCUCCGUAUAGGCGACGAUACCGUCGAGUGCACGGACAACUUCAGGUACCUCGGAUCUGUGCUUGAUGCGUCCGGGGACAUCGAUCGCGACAUCAAGGCCCGUAUAUCAGCGGCCUGGGCGAAAUGGCGCGAGGUGACGGGUGUCAUUCGUGACCUCAAAAUGCCGGUCAAGCUGAAGGGACAGGCAGACAUAGCACAUUCGGCCAAAGGGUACGAGUCGGAGGAUGAAAACGCGGGCAGAAAGCGGCAGAGGGCCAACGACGACCGGCCAGCCAGCAAGACUACCAUGUACUCCAAGCAGGAGUUCCGGGAACAAUACUGUAUCAACAACAAACAACUGGAUCUGUUGGAGUUGGAAAAGUCAAAAAAGGACAGAUUCCUCGGCUGCCUCUCACAGUACCACAUCGAGAGCCCAUGCUCGCGAACCAACAGAGCAUCAUUUUUAUCCGUGUGCGUCCGCCGUCGAGUGCCCUCGGAUGAGAACCUCAACACAGAUUAUGCGCCCAUACAGCGAUAUCCCAGGUUUGGGCAACCCACACCAGCACCACCAGAGCUAUGCGCCUAUGAUGCCGACCUGGAAUGUUCCUACUUUCGUCGGAGGCCACGCUCCGUGUGUAGUCAACCCGAUCCGAAGAGAUAUACCUGGAUGCCUGAGGAUGAAGACUUCACCCGGAUGGAGUGGCCACAAUCGGUAAUAGAAGAUAACGCGGGUUGGCCGCAGAACUAUAAUGUCGACCAAAUCGCGUCAAUGAGCCGGGGGGGAUCUCUCCCAAGACCACCUUCAAUAAUACCUUGCCCUGCACAUACUCCCAUACCGCCACCGCCUCCACCACCACCCCUCACUAUACCUCCACACAGAACAAAACACGUGUCAUUUGCUCGAUCUCACACUCUGACCACCUUUGAUGAUUCCGUGAUGCCAGCUGCUGUUGGUGGUCGAUAUAAACGCGACUGUGAACGUUUAAUCGACGGAAGAUCUGUCAAGCCGGAACCAAAACCGUACUCAACGUUGCCGGUGAUUUUUCAACCAUUUGCACCAUAUCCACAAUACAUAGCAGCCCAAAAUGCACCAGCACCAAUUCACUAUCCGCCUCCAAUCGCUCCGCUACCUACGCAUCCUGUGUCGUCUGCUCAAAGACCUCAACAACCUGAUCAACCAAAAGUGGUUGUUUUAGAUUCAAUUAAAAAAGGCGUUAUGCGAACACAGGCAACACAAACUGAAGUUUGCCUAGGAAGGAAACCAUUACCUCCAAAUUAUUUGUCACUAAGUCCGCGAACAAUUAAAAGGGUAAAGAUGGUUGCAGCAGGAGUUCAAACUAACGGUUAUAAUGUAGGAGCUCGAAGACUUACAAAAUCUUUUUCCGAAGUUGGAGGAGACCGUUUAGCAGGACGUGAAGUACAAAAUAAUGUCAGUGCUACAAUAGAAAGCUUUAUAAACCACGACCACGAAAAAUUGCACAGAACUCAAUCCGAAGAGCCGCCAAGAUCACCUCGAUCUCCUUCGACAGCUAUACCAUCAUCACCAUUUAUGCAAAGAGGAGACUCAGAUGAUGUUACUUCUUCCUCUAUAAAGUCUGUAGCUUCUUCAUCACAAGUAGAUAAAUCAUCAGAACUAAGUGCAUUACAAAGACAGGCUCAAGAAUAUUUUCAACAAAAUUUCCAAUUCAUUCACGAAAGUGAUCGUGAUGAUACUAUUGAUGAUGAUAUUGAGAAUAUAGAAAAAAGUAUGGCGUUAAAUCGUCGUAAUUUAGAAUAUUUACAACAAGAAAUAGCAAAGCAGACUAAAGGUGAACGAGCAUUGAAAUCUAUUUUAUCCAAAAGUACUAGUGAAGCUUCUCAAAAAACAAUCAAUUCUUCGCAUCCUCUAUCUAAAACAUCAACAUUUCAAUCAGAACCAUCCACUGAAACAUCGGUAACAACCACUGAUGAUAGUGAAAAAAAUGAAAAGGAAAUAAUUAUUGAUUUCGAACCGCGACCUGAUGAUGAGGCUAUACCCUUUACAACAUUACGUAGAAAAAAUAAAAGGAUGCUACAGAAAACUAUGUCUGAGGGAGAAAUUUUGCUAGACGUAAGAAAAAGUGAAAUUAGUUCUAGUAGUGAAGGAAUUAAAGAUGCACCAAUAGUUAUGUCUACGAGUCAAGAAAACAUGACCAGAGAAGAUAGAGAAAGGGAUGCUAUGUAUAUACAAUACAUUGGACAGAACUAUAACCAAACUCCCAUUAAGGACGAGGGCAUUUUUGGUUUUGAACCAGAUGGAUCCUUUAGCACGGCUAAGUCUAGCCCAGGUUCACCUGAUCCGAUACUUUUAGGUAACGAAAAAGAACCUAAAUCAAAAAGAGCUGUAAUUUCAAACAAUGUCACAACGAUUCUUGCACCGUUGGAAAAGACAUCACCGUGUGCGUCUAACGAGUCGCUCACUAUUGAUCACAGCAGAGAUCAUUCUGACGGCAUGUGGAAUGAAUCACAAGCUACUGUGCUUCAAGUGGACUCCGGUACAGAUAAUGGAACUGUAAUUAGUUCCUCUGAUCUAAGUUCCCUUGCUGCAUCACCGGGUGCUCUUGCGCUUUUAACACCAACAUCGCGAAGAAAACAACUUUUAUUAUUACAACACCAACAACGAUCAUCUUUAGAUACUGAUGCUUUAGAUGAAGAACUUGACGCUUCGCAGAGUCAGUCGCCAACUUCACCUCGAACAAAAUUAGAUACAUCAAGUGCAAGUUCGAGUCACCAAGUGAGAGCAUCACUGUCACCACCUGCAGUUGUUCCUAGUGUUACUUUACCCAUAACAAAACAGCCACUAAUAUCUACAACACCAUCUCCAACAGGACCACUUAAAUCCAAUCAUACUCCAGCAAUUGCUAUCACACAUCCUAGUCUUGAUUUAACGGACGUCGUCCCAUUUAAAAGAACCCCGAGCUUUAUUAAUAAGAAGAGAGAAAGAGCAUUAAGUCCAUCAAGGCGAAGAGACCUUCAAAAAAAGGCUUUACAGAAAGAACCCAAUGGAUCUGUUCCGAACCAAAUAACACAAACUCCAUCUGAGCCUACAUUAACAAAGACAGCAAGUAGCGAAACUAGCUUGGCUCGAACAGAUUCAGGUAAAAUCAAUACAACUGAUGUGUCUGAAAGCACAACGACUACUGAAGAUUACGUGACAGCAAAUUCUGACAGCUCUAAGAAAAGUAACAGUAAAAAUCAAAAUAGUCAUCCAGAAAAUAACAAAACGCAAGAAGGUUCGUCCUUUGAGAGUGCAUCUAGCCUAUAUUCCUCAACAAAAACAGAUAAUAUUGCAGAGGAUUUAAUUGUGCCAAGUUUUUCACCGCCAUUACAGAUAAGUGAUGACUUUAUAGUUCCCGACCUGUCAUCUCCCCCGAUGACUUUAACAGAUAGAAUUUCUAAGCCUUGUGUAGAAAGAUUUGAGGUAAAAGCCGACAUUAAUCACACGAUUGAUCACAUUAGGAGAGAUAAGACUGAAUUAAUUAAAUCUAAAGAUGAAGUUACAAAAAAGAGCACAACUACACGAGACACAAUAAGCGGUAAGAGUAGUUCUAGUGGUAGCUACAGUAUAGGGGGCUCCAAUCCAAACGUCACUGAAAGUGUGGAAGAUAAAUCUAUUGAUGAAAGAUCAAACCAAAUACCAGAUAAAUUAUCGCCUCAAAUGAAAGAAGAUUUGAAAAAUGAUACAGAACAAAAGGAGCAACUUGUACCAAAGAUAAUGGGUUCUUUAUCAGACGAUGAAAGAAGCGUCCAUUAUUCUUCUUCCGGAUAUUACGAAAGUCCAGUAGAUGAUGAAGAUGACGGAGGACUAACAUAUAAAUACUCCCAAAAGUAUAAAUCCACAAGUAGACAAAAGUCUUGGUUAGCUGAAGACAAAAAAAGGAAAAAGAGAGCUUUUAAAUUAGAAUUUUCGAAAUCUUAUGAUGAUUCAAUAUCUACUUCACAAGAUGAUUGGGGUAAAAAAGAAAACGACACUGAUCUUAAAGCUCGAGCUGACCGCAGUAUAUUUAAACCUAGUAGUAUACAGUCACCCAUAGAAGACAAAACAUCUGAAUCAAAGAAAAAGAAAACACACUUUAUAGAAAAAACCAGAAGUGUUCAAUCAUCGCCUAGAGAAUCAACAGAAAUUGAGAAAUCUUUAAAAGAAAAAAUAUUUAAAGAAAAAGAAUCGGAAAAUAAGCGACCUCUGGAAAGGGAGAGACAUGUUAAAAGAACAAAGUUAAAAGCCAAAAGUCCAACACAAAGUAAAAAUUCUGACGGGACUCACGGAUACAGGCCCCAGCAUUUCGAUAGACGUGAUGGGCUAGGGUCUAAUAUGAAGCUUCAUCUUAAUAUUCCAACCUCCGAUGAUUCUAGUGAGCAAUACAGGAAAGAAAGUAUAGGCAAUGGAAACGUAUCACCUCGAAAACACAGACGACUGCGUGACAGCCCAAGAAGAAAAACUAGUGGUAAUGCAAUGUUUGUGAAAUCACCCACUGCUGGAAACAGUCAUUGUUACAGUAGGCCUCGAAGAAAAAGUGGUUCAAAUGAAAGUAUAUCACUUCCCGGCAGUUUACCUAGAAGGAAACAAUCAAUACCUACAGUACCUUGCAUGAGUUCACUUGAAGCAGAGGACAUUGAAACUACUCGGACUCUUACCAGUGCAGGAUCAAGAUUAACACCCUUACGUUAUGUUAAAAGUCCAACAACUUCCCCCCGUCAUCACCGCAAACAAGAUAGAGAUGGAAAAUUUGCAAAAGCAGCUUCAGCAGAAUCUCUCCGAUCAGUGUCACCCGGUUCCGAUUCCGUUUUUUAUUCAGAACAAACUGAACAUAGCAAUGCCGGUGCAGAGUGUGAAGCCAAAGCGCAUUGCUUACACUGCGGAAAAGAAGUCCAUAUAGUAACAGCGACUCACGAACAUGACAGUCGUACUUCGAGAACCUCCCAUACCGAUGAAUCGUACGCUGAUGCUACUCCCGACAUUGUUCCCGCUCCAGCUGGUUUCGCUGACUCCCCAUCCUGCGGUCCAACUAAAAAGCCUACAAGUGGAGCCCGACUAUAUAAAAAGCUUGAAAAAAGAUAUCGAUCAGAAGAAAAAUCAAGACAUCAUUAUCGCCACAGACAGGACGUCAGAGCAAAGUCUGAAGAAAGGGGCAAAGAAGAAUAUGCCACAGAAAAAACUCAAGAUACGCGUAUUGCCCGUUCAGCUGGUAACAGUCUUGAUAAGCUAGGGGGAUCCAAUGCGAGUGUUGACCCAGACGAGCACGAAGAAUGUUCCGGAAGCUCUGAAGGUGCUGAAAAUGGACGCGAAGAACGGGGAGUAUAUGCAGCACCGUGGUGGUGCGGUAACUGGAUUUUACUAUCCGAAAAUGAUGACCAUUGGACUAGAAUUCCACCAGAUUUAAUUGAUAUAGCAGACUCUACUCAUGAUGAUCCUACCGAAUCAGAAGUUGAAUUCAACAAGAGAUACGUCGCAUUGACACAUAGGCUUGUACAUCGACGAGCUUGUAUCGAGCUGAAUAGAAGGCAAGCUGACAAUACUUUUGGCGGCGAAUGA